AUGAGAGAAGUUGAAGAGAAGGAAAGAGUUUGCGUCACCAGUACCGGAGGGCAUGUAGCCUCGUGGCUCGUAAAGUUUCUUCUUACUAGGGGAUACAAGGUCCAUGGAACUGUUAGAGAUCCAUGUGACAAAAAGAAUGCUCAUCUGAAGAAAUUAGAAAAAUCUUUAGAAAACUUGCAACUCUUCAAGACAGACUUGUUAGAUUAUGAAGGUCUUUGUGCUUCUAUUUCAGGGUGCACUGGAGUUUUCCAUGUUGCAUGCCCUGUCCCUAUUCCUGGAAGUCUUUCUAAUCCUGAGGCAAGAUCUUAA